AUGCAGCCGAUCCUCCCGCACCGUUCCGAAACUUCUGAGUAUCCGGUCACUGUCCCUGUCGAAGAAACACCCAGCCCUGUCCCAGCACCCAAUCAUUCUCCUACACCACGUAGUGGUCAAUGCACCAAGACCACGGCUGGACGCAUUGCGUGUCAUUACUCCAGUUCUUCCAAGUCCAGCCCAGCACCAAUACAUGAAAGGUGGAGAGCCGGUGCAGGAUUUUUAUCCAGAGUUGUUGAAAUUGUCAACAAAAUGCGGUCUUAUGGGGAGGAUAUUAAUGAUCAAACAAUUGUUGCAAAAAUUUUAAGGAGUCUCACUCCUAAGUUUGAUCAUGUAGUGGCUGCCAUAGAAGAAUCCAAAAACCUGGAAACAUUCACAUUUCAUGAGUUGAUGGGAUCAUUGCAGUCCCAUGAGGAUAGGCUGAACAGAACGGAAAAGAAGACCGAGGACAAGGCUUUUUAUGUGAGAGGGGAGGCAUUUCCCCAGAAAAAUGAACAAAAAUGGCGAGGUCAAGCAAAUUCCUGGAGAAGAUCAAAACAGGAACAAGCAAGUUAUGUAGAGCAAGAAGAUGAGAUCAAAUUGUUGAUGGAGUAUCAAGAAAUUGCAGCAAGCCAUAGCAACAUUUGGUUUCUAGACAGUGGGUGCUCGAAUCAUAUGACUGGUGUGAAGUCAUUGUUCAACGAGAUUGAUGAAACCUUCAAAAAAAAAGUAACACUUGGAGACAAUAAGCAAAUUCAAGUGGAAGAGAAGGGCAAUGUGGCAGUCAAAGGCAAUUCUAGUAAUGUGAAACUUCUCUAUGAUGUUUAUUACAUUCCAAGUCUGUCACAAAAUCUGUUGAGUGUAGGGAAACUCAUGGCUACUGGAUAUUCUAUCAUGUUCGAUAAUGCCUCAUGUGUGAUCAAAUAUAAAAAAUCAGACCAAACUAUAGUUUACGUUUGCAUAACACCAAACAAGUUAUUCCCACUUGUUAUUUCUGACGUUCAAAACUAUGCACUUGCUGUCAAAGAAACCAGUGAGUUGAGAUUAUGGCAUUUGAGUUUCAAGGUACUUGUGGAGAAGCAAACUGGAAGAUGCAUCAAGGCUCUGCUUACAGAUAGAGGCGGUGAAUUUGUAUCACAUGAAUUUAAUAGUUUUUGUGAAGAACAUGGUCUAAGAACAGAGCUGACUACUCCAUACACUCCAGAGAAGAACGGUGUUGCUGAACGAAAAAAUCGGACGGUUGUGGAAAUGGCAAGAAACAUGUUGAAAGCUAAAGGACUUCCGAAUCAAUUAUGGGCAGAAGCUGUGUCAACUGCAGUCUACUUGUUGGAUUUGUCACCAAAAAAGGGUUGUUCUCAAUAA